AUGUCUUCAGCGUCGGAAGAGUUGGGCACUGUCCCCAAGCUCGAGAAGAAGCCCGUCAAGUUCAGUAACUUGUUACUGGGUGCUGGAUUGAACAUGUUUGAGGUCACCACUCUGGGACAGCCACUGGAAGUGAUCAAGACAACCAUGGCUGCGAACCGGGGCGAUAGCUUCGCCGGCGCUAUGGGUCGGAUAUGGGGUCGUGGCGGGAUCCUCGGUUACUACCAAGGUCUCAUUCCGUGGGCCUGGAUUGAGGCCUCCACGAAGGGUGCUGUCCUUCUGUUCGUCGCCUCCGAGGCGGAAUUCCGCGCCAAGGUGCUUGGUGCGCCAGACUUCGUCGCUGGUAUCUCGGGAGGCAUGGCCGGUGGAAUCGCCCAGGCUUAUGCCACUAUGGGUUUCUGCACUUGCAUGAAGACUGUUGAGAUCACAAAACAUAAAAUGGCUGCUCAGGGUGUCAAGCCUCCCAGCACUUUCGCUACGUUCAUGGAAAUCUACCGCAAAGAAGGUAUCAGAGGUAUCAACCGUGGUGUGAAUGCUGUUGCCAUCCGUCAGACGACCAACUGGGGUUCCCGAUUCGGUCUUUCCCGUCUAGCAGAGCAGGCUCUUCGAAAGGUUACUGGCAAGGACGACAACCAGAGGCUUAGCGCCAUCGAGAAGGUUAUCGCAUCAGGACUUGGUGGUGGACUCUCUGCCUGGAAUCAGCCGAUUGAGGUCAUCCGUGUCGAGAUGCAAAGCAAGACUGAGGAUCCCAACCGUCCCAAGAACCUUACGGUCGGCAAGGCUUUCAAGUACAUCUACGACUCGAACGGUAUCAAAGGAUUGUACCGCGGUGUGGCCCCCCGAAUUGGUCUUGGUAUCUGGCAGACCGUUUGCAUGGUGGCUCUUGGUGACAUGUAA